CAGGUAGGCUAAGUGAAGGAGCUCAUUUGCACGCUGGCUUUGGAGUGAAUUGCACUCUCACACAGACGAACAUCCUGAAAGACGCUGCAUCCCUGGGGGGCCGUUGAAGAACUCAUUCUCUUAGGGGAGACAGACCACAUACAGCCGCCAAGAUGGACAUGGGGGGAUUGGGUAACCUGGUGGCCAACACGGCCUACCUAAAGGCUCAAGGUGGUGAUGACAAGGAGAUGAAGAAGCGCCGUCGCAGCUUGUCUCUCCCCAAGCAAGAGCAAUGUGCUUCAGUACGAGCUUCCAUUGACAAUGACUUUACAUCGCUUUGUGAAAGGCAACCUAUAGGAAAAAAGUUUUUCCGAAACUUUCUGGCAAAUAAGCCAGAAUAUAAGCUUUCUGCUGAUUUCCUGGAUGAGCUGUACGAUUGGGAACUGGCUGAAGGUGCAGCAAAAGACAAAGCACGCCAAAACAUCAUCAACAAGUACUGCAAGGCUGACUCCAAGAACUUCCUGGCCUUUCUGACUGGGGAGGCUGCUGACAAAUGCAAGUCUGUGACAGAUGCCAUAUUUGAGGAGGUGAUGAAAGGCAAAGUCCAGGAUGCUGUAAGAGAAUAUAUAAAAGGCAAACCCUUCACAGAAUACAGGAACAGCCCAUUCUUUGAUAAAUUCCUCCAGUGGAAAGAGUUUGAGAAACAACCCAUAAGUGACAAAUACUUCUACGAGUUCAGAACUCUUGGCAAAGGAGGCUUCGGAGAGGUAUGCGCUGUUCAGGUGAAGAACACAGGCCAGAUGUAUGCCUGCAAGAAGUUGUGUAAAAAGCGACUGAAAAAGAAGGGUGGUGAGAAGAUGGCCCUGUUGGAGAAGAAGAUUUUGGAGAAGGUUAACAGCCUGUUUCUGGUCAACUUAGCCUACGCUUAUGACACCAAGACCCACCUGUGCCUUGUCAUGACCCUGAUGAAUGGAGGAGACCUCAGGUACCACAUUUAUAACAUAGGCUAUGAUGGCAAGGGUGUCGACAAGGGCAUUGAGAUGAAGCGCAUCAUCCACUACACAGCCCAGAUCACCACCGGCAUUCUGCAUCUGCACGAAAUGAAUAUCAUAUAUCGUGACAUGAAGCCAGAGAACGUGUUGCUGGAUAGCGUAGGCCAGUGCCGACUUUCAGAUUUGGGUCUGGCCAUAGAGAUUACUCCAGGGAAGGCUGUUACCCAGAUGGCUGGUACUGGAGCAUACAUGGCCCCUGAGCUCCUGAACAAAACUCCAUACAGGACAUCAGUGGACUGGUGGGCCCUGGGCUGCAGUAUCUAUGAGAUGGUGGCUGGCUACACACCAUUCAAAGGUGCUGAAAGCAAGAAGGAGAAGGUGGAGAAGGAGGAGGUACAGCGCCGCAUUCUCAACGAGGAACCCAAAUGGGAUCACAAGUGCUUUGAUCCUGUUACCAAGGACAUCAUCCAGCAGUUCCUCAAGAAGAAAAUAGAUGAGCGCCUGGGCAUGAAAAACAACAUGGAGGAUCCCAGGAAGCACGAGUGGUUCAAGAGCAUCAACUUCCCCCGUCUGGAGGCCGGGCUGGUGGAUCCUCCUUGGAAGCCCAAGCCCAAUGUCGUGUAUGCCAAGGACACAGACGAAAUCGCCGAAUUCUCCGAUAUCAAGGGUAUUGAGUUUGACGCCAAGGACGAUAAGUUCUUCAAGGAAUUUAGCACGGGCGCUGUGCCCAUUCAGUGGCAGCAGGAGAUGGUUGAAACUGGACUGUUUGAUGAGCUCAAUGACCCCAACAGGAAAGAGGGUGGAGGAGGAGGAGAUCCUGAUGGGGGACAGAAAUCUGGCACGUGUAUAAUGCUGUGAGAAGCCCUAGUUUCAUAUACUAGUAAUAACAGUCUCUAAUUUGUUCUCUCAGUCAGAUGCACGUUAACAUUGGUGUAAAAGAUGGAUCAUGUUUUAUGAAAGAAGCAGAGAGGCAUCUAUGAUGAGAAAGAUGUACCAUCCCACUCUUGUAUGGAUGCUCAUGGCUUAGCAAUGAUCUGCUUUCGAGACAAAGGUUCAGUAAUAUUUCGGACAUGAUGAUGUAUUUUGAGCAUCAUCUCUCCGGUUAACAGCUUUUCAUGCAAAUGUAUGUAUCUAAUGAUGUAGACUUAUUCACCGUAAAUAACUGCUAGGAGGUUCACAACCUUUUUUAUUAAGGAUACUAAUUUGACAGAAUAGUUAAAGAAACAGUACAUUACUUUAUGAAGAAAAUGUCUAAAUCCAAAUUAGUAUUAAGUAUUAAUUAAUACAAGUAUUUGCAGUAGGAUUACCUGCUGAAGCAACGUGGUUGCAUUCAAACAAUUGGAAUAAAUGUCUUCAACAGGCGUUAAAACUCUUUUCUAUUGUCUAGUGGAAUGUGUAAAAGUCACAUUUCAUAGCACUCCCCCACCAUCUGAUGCCCUUUAUUGAUGCCAUCAUAAGGUUACACCGUUUCUACAAUGAAGAGUGCUUUUUAUGCACAUGUGGCUAUUGAAGAUAUUUAUGUGUGUGUAAUAUUAUACGCAAUGAUCCUAAACCUCAUAAUUAAGUCUGAUUACCGCAUUCUAGAUAUUUUAGUUGUAUAUAAACUAUAAAAGGCAUUUGUUGUAAUUGUAUUUAUUGUAUAUAAAGGAAUCUAUAUCUAUGCACAGACAGAAAAGGCAAUUAUGUACUAAUGUACUACUAAUGUCAUUAGUAGUAAGUGAAGAAUAGUGAACACCCCUUCACUGAGCCCUUGGUGCUAUGAGAUAUGGAGCAUCAGUAGUCCCAGGAUGCUGGGAGAGAGAUAAGUGCAGAAACAGCAGUUUAUUGCUGCCCAUGAUGGAAGUCAAAUUUAGAGGAGAAAAAAUUCCCAUACCAGUAAUGUGCAGGUUGUCCUGUCCAUGGCCCGAAACACUGUGAUACUUCAGGGCUCUUUUUCUUAGUCUGAGAUGAGUGUGAAUGACUCCUUGUUAUUCUGUUAUUCUCUAUUUUCUUAGAUUUCUAGAUGUUGGGCAGUGUUGAGUUUUUACAGUUAAUGCUAAUAUGAUAUGAAUAUAUAUGGUACAUGUAAAUAUAACACGAGAAGAAUGGCUACUGUAGAAAUGUCAGAUGUUAAGCAGAAACUUCUUUGAAUCUUGAAU